AUGUGGUUCACGCCAGGAUGGAAGGGGAUAGCAGCAACAGCAACUGUGUUGCUCAGCAGGACAGCACUCGCCCAGACGUGGUCAUCAUGUAAUCCACUAUCAACAACCUGUCCCGCCAACACGGCACUGGGCAUGUCAAUAAACGUUGACUUCACCCAAGGCGAGGUAAACUCCUUCGUCUCUGGUGGAGGGCGUCCAACCUACGGCAGCGAUGGCGUGAGCUUCACCGUCGCCGGGAGAGGUGACUCGCCACAGCUUGCCAGUAUCUUCUACAUCAUGUUCGGCCGCGUCGAGGUGACCAUGAAGGCCGCCCCAGGCGCCGGCAUUGUCAGCUCCCUCGUCCUGCUCUCCGACACCCUCGAUGAGAUCGACAUGGAGUGGCUCGGCUCCGACGACAGCGAGGUACAGACCAACUACUUCAGCAAGGGCCAGACCACCGACUACAACCGCGGCCAGUUCAACCCGGCCGCCAACAACCAGGCCGAGUUUAUCACCUACACCAUCGACUGGACCACCGACCGCAUCGUCUGGUACGUCGGCGGCACCGUCGUGCGCACCCUCACCUUCGACGAGGCCGCCGGCCAGUACCCGCAGACCCCCAUGCAGGUCAAGUUCGGCGCCUGGGCCGGCGGCGACCCCUCCAACCCCCCCGGGACCAUUGAGUGGGCGCGCGGACCGACCGACUACUCCAAGGGCCCCUUCUCCAUGAUCGUGCGGUCCGCCGUCGUCACCGACUACUCCACGGGCAAGAAGUACACGUACGGCGACCAGUCCGGCACGUGGCAGUCGAUCCGGUCGGACGGCGGCGAGAUCAACGGCAACGUCAACGGCGCGGGCUCCGUGGUGGUGACGGCCAGCGCGCCCGCGGCGACGGGGUCGCUGUCGCCCACCAUCCCGCCCGGCGGCAUCAUCGGCGGCACCGCCACCGACGGCAGCGGCGGGCCCGUCCGUACCGUCGGCCCCAUCCCCGACGGCUGGAUCAUGACCUCCGAGGGCAAGAUCGUGCCCGUCGGGUCGAGCACCAUACCCCCAGCGGGCUCCUUCUCAUUGGGACCCUCUGCCUCGCUCUCGCCGGGCUUUGGCAGUGAUGCCACCUUCACAACGCGUGUAGCCCCAGGGGGGACGGCAACACCCGGCGUCGGGAUGGUCCCUGCUGAUGCGCCGGCGGCAAACAAUGCAGUCACAGCCACGGGCCAAGGCCUCAUGAGGGUCCUCGCCGUGGUGCUUGCCGGUUACAGCUUUUACUACCUCUUCUGA